GGGUUGGGGUGGAGGGACGACGACGACGACGACGACGACGAAUAUCUGCGCGUGAUUUUUUCAGCCGCGUCCUCAGUCGCGUCGGCGCGCGCGCAAGAGCGAGAGGGCGAAGAUGCUCCUGGACGCCGGGCCUCAGUACCCCGCCAUCGGAGUGAGCACUUUCGGCUCCGCGCGGCACCACUCGACGGCCGAGGUGACGGAGCGGGAAGUGGCGCUGGGCAUCAACCCGUUCGCGGACGGCAUGGGCGCCUUCAAGAUUAACCACGGCUCCCACGAGCAGGCGGCGUUCUCCGCGCAGGCGCCGGCGGGCUACGCGGCGGCGGCCGCCCUGGGCCACCAUCACCACCACCACCACCACCACCACCCGGGCCACGUCGGCUCUUACUCGGCGGCGGCCUUCAACUCCACGCGGGACUUUCUGUUUAGGAACCGCGGGUUCGGCGAGGCGGCGGCGGCGGCGGGCGCGCAGCACAGCCUGUUCGCCUCGGCGGCGGCGGCGGCGGCGGGCGGCUUCGCCGCGGGACCCCACGGACACUCGGAGGCGGCGGGCCACCUGCUCUUCCCGGGCCUGCACGAGCAGGCGGCGGCGGCGGGCCACGCGUCCUCCAACGCGGUCGGCGGCCAGAUGCGCCUGGGCUUCGGCGGCGACGUGUACGGCCGCGCGGCGGCCGAGCAGUACGGCCACGUCGCCAGCCCGCGCUCCGACUACGCGUCCGCGCAGCUGCACGGCUACGGCCCCGUCAACGUCAACAUGAACAUGGCCGCGCACCACGGCGCCGGCGCCUUCUUCCGCUACAUGCGGCAGCCCAUCAAACAGGAGCUCAUCUGCAAGUGGAUCGAGCCCGAGCAGCUGGCCAGCCCCAAGAAGUCGUGCAACAAGACCUUCAGCACCAUGCACGAGCUGGUCACGCACCUGACCGUGGAGCACGUGGGGGGCCCCGAGCAGACCAACCACAUCUGCUUCUGGGAGGAGUGCUCCCGCGAGGGCAAGCCCUUCAAGGCCAAGUACAAGCUGGUCAAUCACAUCCGCGUGCACACGGGCGAGAAGCCCUUCCCGUGCCCCUUCCCGGGCUGCGGCAAAGUCUUUGCGCGCUCGGAAAACCUCAAAAUCCACAAAAGGACGCACACCGGUGAGAAGCCGUUCAAGUGCGAGUUCGACGGCUGCGACCGCCGCUUCGCCAACAGCAGCGAUCGCAAGAAACACAUGCACGUGCACACGUCCGACAAGCCCUACUUGUGCAAAAUGUGCGACAAGUCCUACACGCACCCGAGUUCGCUGCGCAAACACAUGAAGGUCCACGAGUCGAGCAACCCGGGCUCGCAGCCGUCCCCCGCGGCCAGCUCGGGGUACGAGUCGUCCACUCCCCCCACCAUCGUGUCCCCGUCGGCGGAGAACCCGAGCAGCGGCAGCUCAGUGUCGCCCACGGCCCCCGUGGCCGUGCAGCAUCACGCCGCAGCCGCCGCCGCCGCUGCCGCCGCCGCGGCGGGUGGCCACGGCGGCGCGCUCACGUCCAAUUUCAAUGAAUGGUACGUGUAAAAAAAAUAUAUAUAUUUCUGGGGAAAGGGCUGGGUUAAAAAAAAAUCGGGGUAAAGAGGGUUUUUUUUUUGUUGGUGGACUGCAAAGACUUUUUGGAGCGUGGACUUAAAGAAUGCAUGGACCAAAAAAGAGAAAAGAAGGAGCCAACUUUUUUUAUUAUUGUUAUUUUUUUUACCUAAGGACUGCUCCGAUAGUUGCAAAACGGGCGAAGGGGGGGACGAGCGGGAAUUGUUUUUGUACAUAGCACAACCAAGAUGGAAAGGAAACAAACAUGUAAUAUUUUAUUUUGUAAAUAUCAUAAGUGGGGGAAGGAGGGGGGGGGGGCGGUUGUCAAGAAAAAAAAAUAUGCUCCCUUGAUAUAUGGACAAUAGACGCCACUGAAAAAGAAUGUUCUAGUCGUGUACCAAAUGUGAAUGAUUCCCAGUAUUACAAGGUGGAGCUUCUAGUAUUAAAUGUGCUUGUUUUUUUUGUUUGUUUGUUGCCAUCAUGUAUAGCCCAGCGUGCAGCAUUCUCGUCCCAAAAAGUUGGAGUAGCACACUUUUAAUCCUUGUUGUUAUUUAAAUGUCAUGUCGACGAAAUCGUGUCGAAUAGUGAAAAAGCCUGAACAAUUCCGUGUCAACCUGUUUAUUAUGUAUACGUGAUAAAUAUACACAAAAAAGUCACCUGUGUUGUCUGAAAGCAAGUAUUAUUAUUAUUAUUAUUAUUAUUAUUCUGAGACGUGUAUAACUAGCUGACUUUUCCAUAUUUAUCCGCAUGUUUUUAUAUUUGAUUUUUUUAGAAGUGCUCGCUAUUUAUGGAGAAAUGCGCUCGUAUGUUAAAUCUAGUUUCGAUUCAACAACAACCACUAAAAUGUUUGGAUACAUUUUCGUACUAUAUUCAACGAUUAAAAAAAUGCGAAUGCAAAACCAAAAAGAAAAA